AUGCUAAAAAGUAUGUUCCCAGUCAGUGAAUUAGUAAAACUGCUCGAUGCACGAGGACAAGACAAUGUGGCUCUUUUAGAUUUAAAUAAACAUGAUGACCUGGUGUCAGUACUAUGCAUCAAUAAAAAGAGGUAUUUGAAAACAGCUGAUAAUUUAUCAGAUUAUCUAGCUGAAUUGCACACAUUAUCUGUCUUACCAAAUAUUGUCAUUAUACAGAACCUCACUCAUUACACAUCUCAGUUUGAACCAGAAAAGUUUCAUUCCAAAACAGCGAAACUAUUAGCAUUGAUAAAAGAUACAGCUAAAUAUUUAACGACCAAAGUGGAAACAAUUGAUGAAGCGAAGUUUGUUUUAUCUGUGAAUACUUUUGAUUCAGAAGACUUAUUAACAUUACUGAAGAAGAACUUUAAAAACAUCUGGCACACACAAGAGCAUACAAACGCCAACGAGUGCACCAUCACACUGGCAAGAAUGGGAUCAGUCUUGAACUCUCGAUUGCUUUUUGAAGAGGACACGCACAAUAUUAAAGCAUUAAAAAUUUCGUAA